CAGCUCGGCCUCGCACGGAGCCAAGAUGGAGGCGGCGCUGCGCCAUAUGCUGGCCCUGCUGCUCGCGCUGCCGCUCUGGCCCUGCGGCGCGGCCGCCUACAAAGUGGACAAGUACUCGCUGCUCAUGCCCAACGUGCGCCCCAACAGGCCUGAAUUGUACUUAUGCACGCCCAUAAAGGUGGAUCCAAGUAAACCGUACUACAUUGUUGGGUUUGAACCAAAUGCUACUAUGUCCACUGCACAUCAUAUGUUGCUCUAUGGAUGUAAAUUCCCAGAGAUGGCAGAACAUGAUGAUUAUUUGGAGACGUCAAAUCCCUGUGGAGAAGGAUCUCAAAUCAUUUAUGCGUGGGCACGCGAUGCUCCGAAACUCGAGCUACCGGAAGGAGUUGGUUUCAUGGUUGGUGGCAAGUCUCCCAUCCAAUAUUUAGUACUUCAAGUACAUUAUGCGCACAUAGAAAAAUUUAAAGAUGGCAGUACUGAUAAUUCAGGAAUAUUUCUUCAUUACACUGAAAGACCAUUAAACAAAUUGGCUGGUGUGAUUCUCCUUGGAACUGCAGGGGAGAUUCCUCCUAGAGCAGAGGAACACAUGGAGACCUCUUGCAAAAUUACAGAAAGGAAGAAAAUUUAUCCAUUUGCAUAUCGAACUCAUACGCAUAGUUUAGGAAAAAUUGUUUCCGGGUACAGAGUGCGUAAAGGUGAAAAUGGAAAAGAUAACUGGGUUCUUCUUGGCAAAAGAAACCCUUUGACUCCUCAAAUGUUCUAUCCUGUUUUUAACAAAGAACCCAUUGUGUAUGGAGAUAGACUGGCUGCACGUUGCACUAUGAAAAGCACAAGAGAUCGAUAUACUGAAAUUGGUCCCACAAACAAUGAUGAAAUGUGCAAUUUCUAUUUGAUGUAUUGGGUUGAAAAUGAUACACCUCUCAAGAAAAAAUAUUGCUUUAGUUUGGGACCACCAAACUACUACUGGGAAACUGCUCAUGAAUUCAAUUACAUUCCUGAUGAAGAAGCAAGCUCUUUGAAUGCAUAAAAAAUGUACUUAAACUACUUGAAAUAAAGUGAUACAUUUUGCUCUUUUUGGUUAAAAGAUGUAACAUAUUUGACCACAAAGGUACAGACUACAGAGCAUUAUUGACGAGCAAAUAUUGGAAAACUAUAAAAUAUAGACGGGCAGAAUAAAGGAUAUGCUUCCAUGUAAAGUACGGGUAUGGAGCAACUGGAAUGUUAUUUAGAAGAUAAGUUGCAUUCAUAUUUCAAAUAUAGUUUGUUGAGGAAGUAAAUGUCUGUUGAUUUUAGGCCUAGCAAUUCACUGAAAAGUGGCAGUGUUUCAUGUAAUUGUUGGUACUGCAGGGCAGUGCUGACAUCAGUGGCGGAUUUAGUCUGAGUUUCUUGUGUUACAGGAUCGGUAGCAGCUAUCAUUUUAAUUAAAUUCAGAAGCAAAAAAAAAGUGUUCACAUUUAACAAUCAGUUACAUCAAUAGUCCAGAGUUAUGUAAUGUUUCUUAAAUAGGAAAUCAAAGUAUCCAUUAGUUUACCUCAAACCUUUUUCUAUCCUAAUGAUAGAUAUUCUGCAGCAACUCCUCGUAACAUCUAGUACCUCGCAGAGGGGUGUGAGAGAGUGUCUGCUUUUUAGUUUCUGAAACAUUUUGGGGCAGCUCACAGUUCAGAGGUCCUGUACCGCUUCCUAGGCCCACUACACCUGUCUCUGAUGAAAGCUAAGUAUUUUUUAGAGAGCUCAUGGCACAAUGACAAAUAGUAUUUAUUUUAAUAUUAUUUAUAUCACAAUUAUGCAUGAGUUUACACUGAUUCUUCUAUAUUUUUUGAUUGCACAAGGAAAGAUUAAGAGUCUACAAUAAACACUAUUGUAAAUGAACUCUUUUAACCAAGAUGAAAUGUGGUUAAAUCUUAUAUUAAGAAUAUACCACAAUGUGGAUAGCAAUGUACAGAUUUGCCAACAUGGCAAUUCUUAGCAUAUCCUUUUACAUAUUUCAGUAUAUAUUCCCAUGUUUUCAGAACUGUUAAGACUUAUUUUGUAACAAAAGUAUAAUGUACAGAUAUUUCUUUCUGGAAUUAUGUUUAUUUGGUUGUACAUUGAAAAACACAGACUGAUGUAGUAUCUUUGAUUUUUUAUUCUUAUUUUCACACAAGUCAUUUUAUAGAGCAGCAUAUCUGGUUCUAAUACUUGUAAUUAAAUUUAUAAAUUCAGUACAGUAACAAUUUUCUCUUUGUCUUGAAUAAAUGUUAAAAAUAAAUAUCAGAUAAAAGAAACAACAACAAUAACUAAGUAGAAUAUACAUAAAGAGAAUAUUCUGUCAGAAAUAUAAUUAUAUGUACACAGGAGAUAAUAUAACUUUCUAAAAAAAAGCUUUCCAAAGAAGAACUUUUAUGAAAAUGUACAAAUAAAUGUCUGCAAAAUCUGAUUGUACUUAGAGGAAGGUUGUGAGCUUAAGUCAUUGAUUUAAUGGAAUGCUUUAAUUUAAUGAAACUUAAUUUAUUGUAAAUGAAUCUUGAAUGUAAUACCGAACAUUCAAAAUCCAUGUAUAAAAAUAAAACACUAUUUUCAUGAUAUUUACAACAUAAAAUUAAAUAUUGAGAGUUAUGCAGAAUUUCCUGCCAAAUUAUAGAUUGUGUAUUAUUCCAUUAGACAUGGUACCAUGCAUUCAGUAAGAAGAAUUAAUCUUCACAAGAAACUGGGUCCAGUUGGUACCGGUAUUACUAUUCCUAUUGUAACAUCAAAGUUUGUAAGGCUGUGGUGAGUUAGAUCCAUUUAUGUAGUAUUUAGAAUCGGUGUAUGUUCUGCAAUACAUGGAUGAUCGUGAAAUGUGCUAAUACUUUCCAUUCAUGUUCAGCAUCAAGAAAAUCAAUAGAAAUACAUUUGACCUAAUCUUUGUCAAUUACAUUAGUAGAUCCAUAAUAUAACUUUGUACAGAUUUUUCCAUUUCCUGUUGUAGAGUUACUAUUUUCAUAAAAUUAUGAUUAAUCUUUAACAACAAUGGCAAUUGUGAGUUUCAAUUUUCACAACUAUAACUUCUGUAAUAAAUAAAUACAGAAUAUUUAUUUACAAUACUUAGUUUUCAAAUUGUAUCAUUUAAUAGAUGUUUGAUACAAAAUUGUAUUUAUGCCAUUUCAUUUAUUCUUGUGACUUAAACGUGAUAUCAAUAUAUUUUUUCUCCUUUUUCAAAUAUUUUAGCUCAAUCACCAAAAACAGUUUCUUCACCAAGCCAUUGAAAGCUGGUGGUCUUCAACCCAAAAAAAUGUACAUCAUAGCCAGUUCUAUUUGAAAAGAAAUGUUUAUCAAUAAUUCAUUACAUUUUUUUUAUUUCCAAUUUGAUUGCAAGAUAAUUAAUUGUACUCUGCUCAAUUCUACCCCAAAAUAAAUGCUACGAAUGCACUAAUUAUAUACAACAUUUUAUAGAAAUUGCGUUUGACAUCUUCCAAAAACAAUAUUGCUUCUAUAAUAAACUUGCUGAAAAUAUUUCACGUGGUAUAAAAUUCUCAACAAACAUUUGAAUGAACUUGCCAUUUACUUCACAGUUGUCAAUACUCUGAUAUUCAUUAUUAGUUUAUUUAUAUCAUUCCUUUUACUGAUUCAUGCAUGGUUUCCAAAAUUAAAUGGUAUAUACUUAAAAUGUCAGGGCACACUUUUCCCAGGUGUAGUACUUAGUAUACAUUUGCUCAACUCAGUUUGCAUAUAACGAGCAUUGAGCAAUGUUUUCCUACAUCCAUACAUUCCUCAGUCUUUUAGAAAAUAUUUCUCUUUGUGACUACAAUCAAUGAUGUAUUGAAAAAUGUGUAUUUUAUGCUAACAAUAAAUUCAAAAUUAUUUUUUGAAUGUCAAC